AUGUCAACAGAACCAUUUUUUUUUAAUUUCGCAUUUUUAAGGGGUUUGAUUCUCAAUCGUCUAGCAAAAUCAAUAUACAGCUUUAGAAAACCACCGAUAUUAAUAAAAUUUCGUACGCGUACUGACGACUCUUGCUGUCCGAAUACAUGGAGAGGUGUUGAUUAUUUGAGAUGGCCACAUCUGAACAAGGGUCAAGGAUUCACGUUGCAAGAGCGGCAAGCGCUCGGCAUUCAGGGACUGCUGGCCGGUAAUGUCAAGACGCAGGAAGAACAGUUAGCAAUAGCUACUUACUCCGUGGACAGAUAUAAAAAUAAUAUGAACAAAUAUCUGUAUUUGUCGGAGUUAUUGGAUACAAAUGAGAAAUUAUUUUUCGACUUGCUAUGUUCAGACGUUGAGAAAUAUUUACCUCUAGUGUACACCCCUACUGUAGGGUUGGCAUGUCAAAGAUUCGGUCUGGUGUACAAGAGACCAAGAGGGCUCUUCAUAAAUAUACACGAUAAAGGGCGAAUUAAUAAAAUUCUUAGGAAUUGGCCCGAGCCAGGUAUUCGCGCUAUCGUUGUUACCGAUGGAGAGAGAAUUUUGGGUCUAGGAGACUUGGGCGCCUAUGGUAUGGGCAUACCCAUUGGUAAAUUAUGCUUGUACACUGCUUUAGCAGGGGUACAUCCCGGACAGUGCUUACCAAUCACUUUGGACGUCGGCACCAAUAACCAGACGUUGCUGGAAGAUCCGCUGUACAUAGGGUUGAGAGAGAAGCGAGUGAGAGGUCAGGCAUACGACGACUUUAUCCAAGAGUUCAUGGACGCGUGUACGCAUAGAUACUCGCACAACGUGCUCAUUCAAUUUGAAGACUUUGCGCUUGCAAAUGCUUGCCGCUUGUUGGAUAAAUAUAAGAAUGACUAUUGCACUUUCAAUGACGAUAUUCAAGGCACUGCGGGCGUCAUUGUAGCGGGAAUGUUAGCUGCUAAAAGAAUUACUAAGAAGGCACUUAAAGACCAUAUUUAUUUGUUCCUUGGAGCCGGCUCUGCAGGCGUUGGCAUUGCAAAUUUACUAUGCGAUGCGAUGAAAGAGGAAGGUGUUUCUAAAGAAGAAUCAGCGAAGAAAAUUUACUUGUUUGAUAUCGAUGGACUUCUAUCGACAAAACGCAAGGGUGGAGUACCAGCGCACGCUAAACAGUACGGAAAAGACAUGGAACCAUCGAAAGACUUCGCAGGUUUCAUUAAGACCUUGAAACCUACUUGCCUUAUAGGUGUGUCAACAAUGGCUGGCGCUUUCACACCGGAAAUAUUGAAGCAAAUGGCUCAGAAUACGGAAAGACCGCAAAUUUACGCGCUUUCGAAUCCUACGAUUAAAGCAGAGUGUACAGCGCAAGAAGCUUAUGACAACACAGAGGGUCGAUGCAUAUAUGCGUCUGGUUCUCCCUUCCCUCCAGUAAAGUAUGGAGGCAAGGAGUACCUCACGGGUCAGGGCAACAAUUCCUACAUAUUCCCUGGAGUAGCGCUGGGAGCACUUCUUUGUUACGCGCAUCACGUUCCUGACAUCAUGUUUUUAGCAGCUGCUAAGAGUUUAGCAGAGAACGUUACUGACGAUGAUUUGGCGGUAGGACGAAUCUAUCCACCGCUCAGUGACAUCCGCUGUUUGUCUUAUAAAAUUGCCGAAUUCGUCAUAGAAGAGGCUUAUAAAUUAAAACUCGCGGGGGUUUAUCCUAAACCGAAAGAUGUAUAUAAGUUCGUCGAAGAUAACGUGUACGAUACUAAGUAUUGUUGCUACACACCAGAAUUGUAUAAAUAUCCUAAAUCAAGCUCCGGGGUCAAAGUGAAAACUAUUAAAGAAAUGUUGGCUGCGUAA